AUGAGUAGUCAAACUCAAGAUGACCUACAGCCAUGGUCAAUCGCAGUGACAGUUUCAGUGACGGCUCUUGCGUUCAUUUGUGUCUGCUUGCGCCUUUUGUCUCGAUAUGAGCGCAAACAGGCUCUCUGGUGGGACGAUUAUAUGAUUGUCUUCUCCAUGGCAUGGAACCUUAUCGUGGUCGCAUUUAUUGGUCUUAUGAUCCGUGCUGGCAUGGGUCUCCACGUUGCGGUGGUUGGUGUUGAAGGUGCCGUAUUGAUGGCCAAAUAUCUCCUUGUGGCCGAGAUUCUCUACGUGUACAACCUGGUCUGGACCAAGAUAUCCUUUUUAUUGAUGUAUUACCGGAUUUUCCACUUCCCUUACUUCAAGAGAUGGGCCUUCAUUAUCGGCGGUUUUGUCAUUAUCUGGGUUAUCACAAUCACUUUCUUGUUUGUUUUCAUCUGCGUGCCGGUUCAGAAGCUGUGGUAUCCUCAAUUACCUGGCCAUUGUAUCAGCCAAGUCGGCACUUGGAUUGCCAACGCCACCUCGACAAUUGCCACCGACCUGGCGAUUUUGGUACUGCCGAUACCCCAGGUUUGGAAACUGCAGUUAGGUAGAGUGGAAAAAGUGGCAUUGACUCUGACAUUUUGCCUCGGGUUUUUUGUCGUUUUCGCUUCUGCCUACCGCUUUACAGUGCUAUUUUCCUACAGUGCCACCGACCCAACCUACACUCUGGCUCAUACAGUCGGCUGGACAGCAAUUGAAAUGUCCGCGGGGAUCAUGUCAGCAUGUCUCCCGACAAUGCGACCUGCACUGAUGUUCCUAGCUCGCAUGAUCGGGAUCAAGAAUCUCACAUCACCCAGGGGCUCGCGCAACACCAACACUGGACUUACGAAUAACCAAGGUACCCGACCCGUUGACGCCAGCAUCAACAGCCUCAACAGCCAUCUACGGAAAGAAAGCCAGCGCGCUUUUACACGCAUCCCUGAAGAGAGGCUGGGAUAUGGAGAUGAUUGGAAUCCGACUUCUAUGGAUGCGUCGCUGAGACCUGACAAGUGCGUGGAAACGGUCACUAGGGUGAUGGGCUCGAGAGUCGAUGAAGACAGCCUUGAGGGAGACGAGGUUCCUUUGCACAAUAUCAGAGUACAUACCGACUUUACGCGGAUGGAUAAAUGA